GCGUGUGUGCGUGCAGUCAGCAGUGUGAUAUUGUCAUAUUGUUGGAGAAGUGGAAAAACAAAACCCAUUUGUGAGAUUUGUGAGAGAUGAGGCCAAAGAUUUACCUUUUCGGUGACUCAAUCACAGAGUUUUCCUUUGAUGAAGGAGGCUGGGGUGCUUCUCUUGCCAACCAUUUUAAUCGAACGGUUGAUGUGGUGCUAAGAGGGUACGGUGGGUACAACACGAGAUGGGCACUGCAGGUUUUGGAGAAGGUAUUUCCUCGGGUGGAAGGUGGAGGAGAACCCUUAGCUGUGACUGUGUUCUUUGGUGCAAACGAUGCUUGCCUUCCUGACAGAUGCGCCGCCUUCCAACACGUGCCCCUGCAUGAAUACAAGCACAACCUCCACUCCACUGUCUCGUUUCUCAAGAAACAAUGGCCAAAGACUCAAAUUCUUCUCAUAACACCUCCCCCAAUUGAUGAAAAUGGACGCCUCAGAGAUCCUUAUUCUGAAAAUCCAGUAACUCAGCCUGAGAGGACAAAUGAAGCUGCUGGUGCAUAUGCAAAGGCAUGUGUUGCUGUUGCUGAAGAAUGUGGGAUCCCAGUGUUGGACCUCUGGACAAAAAUGCAACAGUUCCCUGACUGGGAAAAUGCUUAUUUGAGAGAUGGUUUGCACCUUACUCCAAGUGGCAACAGGCUUGUGUUUGAGGAACUGGUCGUGAAGCUGAGGGAUGAAGGCUUGAGUCCGGAAAAUUUGCCAGUUGAUCUUCCACUGUUUACUGAGAUUGAUAUUGAUGACCCCCUUAAGUCUUUCAACAAAUAACAUUAGUAUGUGUCGGUCGGGUCUUGUAUGGUUUUUUUUUGGUGCUAAAUUAUGGUUAUAGUAAUUAUCAACUAAGUUGGUACCCAAGGAACUCUUAAUUAUGGGUCUAAAUUAUCUGCUUGAUCUAAUUGCCUCUCUUUUGGUGGAAAGCACUGCUUCUUUUUGUGUUAAAAUAGCUUUCAUGUCCAAUGUUAAAAGUCAAACAUGCUGAAAUUCUAGAUGAGGCGUCUUAAAUGAUCUUAUAGAA